UGGGCUGCGGGCCCCGGCGGGUGGCUUCGGGCACACGCGGGCGCAGACCCCGAGGGCUUGGCACGAGUCAGAAGCACCUGCGGUGGCUGUCCUAAGUCAGAGAGGAAAACGUGAGGCACAGAAGUUUCUCCCGGGCGGCAGGCCUCGUUCCCCGGGGAGCUUGGACGUCCGGGUCCCUGCUGCCAGGACAGCCCCAGUGACCCGACAUCCUCUUGGCCAUACCUACUGCAUCUCUCCUGCUGUGCUGCUGAAGCCCUCCCCACGAGGCUGGAGAUGCCCCAGCACGUGAUGGGGGACAAGCAUUUCCUUUCCCUCCCGAAACUCCUCGUCACCAGCACCUCCUUGGCCACAGAGAAUGAGUGUGACACGCCAGUCAGCAGCAGGGCAUCCCCAGCCUCCCUGCGCUCUGCCCACGGCACCGUGGACUCCUGCAGCCAACUGUUCGAGCCCCAGACUGAGAAGCGGAGCAACCAGACAGCCCGUGAGGUGCAGUACCUGUCGGCAGGGCUGCAGAGCUCACUGUGCGGCUGGAGAGCCUUUACCCCCAAGUGUCUGCAGGUCUUCAACACUCCCAAAGCCUUCCUCUUCUUCCUGUGUGCCGCCUCCUUCCUGCAGGGCAUGGUGGUGAAUGGCUUCAUCAACACAGUCAUCACUUCCAUUGAGCGGCACUUUGACCUGCAGAGCUACCAGAGUGGGCUCAUUGCCAGCGCCUAUGACAUAGCUGCCUGCCUCUGCCUCACUUUUGUCAGCUACUUUGGGGGCAAUGGGCACAAGCCGCGCUGGCUGGGCUGCGGAGUGCUGGUCCUGGGCAUUGGCUCACUCGUGUUUGCACUGCCUCAUUUCACUGCUGGCUACUAUGAGGUAGAGAUGGAUAAGGGGGUGGGGGCAGGAAUGUGCCUGGCCAACCGGAGCAGCGUGGAGUGUGUGGACAGCACCUCAGGCCUGUCCAACUACCAGUUGAUCUUCAUACUCGGCCAGCUCCUGCAUGGCAUGGGCGCCACCCCCCUCUACACGCUGGGUGUCACUUACUUGGAUGAGAAUGUCAAGUCUAACUACUCACCCAUCUAUAUUGCCAUUUUUUACACGGCAGCCAUCCUCGGGCCUGCAGCCGGCUACCUAAUUGGAGGAGCCAUGCUGAACAUUUACACAGAAGUGGGCCGACGGACAGAGCUGACCACUGACAGCCCACUGUGGGUUGGUGCCUGGUGGAUCGGCUUCCUGGGUGCUGGCAUUGCCGCAUUCUUCAUUGCUGUCCCCAUCCUUGGCUAUCCCCGGCAGCUACCGGGUUCCCAACGCUAUGUGGUCAUGAGAGCAGCUGAAACGCAGCAGCCGAAAGAGCACAGCCACAGGGCAGCGAGCAGUCCUGCCUUCGGGGAGACUGUCAAAGACCUGCCCCUUUCCAUCUGGCUGCUCCUGAGGAACCCCACAUUCAUCCUGCUCUGCCUGGCAGGGGCCACUGAAGCCUCCCUCAUCGCUGGCAUGUCCACAUUCGGCCCAAAGUUCCUUGAGGCCCAGUUCAGCCUGAGUGCCUCCGAGGCCGCCACCUUGUUCGGGUACCUGGUGGUGCCAGCGGGCGGCGGUGGCACACUCCUGGGCGGCUUCCUGGUGAACAGGUUCAAGCUCCGAGGCUCUGGGAUCAUCAGGUUUUGCCUGCUCUGCACCCUGACCAGCCUGCUCGCCUUCUUUGUCUUCCUCAUUCAUUGUCCCAAUGUGCCCAUGGCAGGUGUGACCACUGGCUAUGGGGAGAGCCUCCUACCUGAAGGCCACCUAGACCUGAAGGCCGCUUGCAAUGCCAACUGCUGCCAGUCAGAGCACUACAGCCCUGUGUGUGGCUCCGACGGCACUACAUACUACUCACCCUGCCACGCGGGCUGCCCCCCCACCUACAGCAUGGGCCGAGGUGGUCAGAAGGUGUACCGAAACUGUAGCUGUGUCCUUAUGAAGGUUCCCUCUGGCUGGGGCAGUGCUACAGCAGGAAAGUGCACUUCCGCCUGUCAGAGAAAGCCCCUCCUUCUGGUUCUUGUGUUCGUUGUAAUUAUCUUUACAUUCCUCAGCAGCAUUCCUGCGCUGACCGCAACUCUCCGGUGUGUCUGUGAUCGGCAGAGGUCCUUUGCCUUGGGGAUCCAGUGGAUCUUUGUGAGAACACUAGGCAGUAUCCCCGGGCCCAUCGCCUUUGGCUGGGUGAUUGACAAGACCUGCCUGCUGUGGCAGGACCAGUGUGGUAACCAGGGCUCCUGCUUUGUAUAUCAGAAUGCAGCCAUGAGCCGCUACCUACUCAUCUCAGGGCUCGUAUUCAAGGUGCUGGGCUUACUCUUCUUUACCACCGCCUGCUUCCUGUACAAGGCCCCACUGGGGUCCUCAGAUGGUCUGGAGGCCUCCCUACCCAGCCAGUCCUCAGGCUCCGACAACCCCACAGAACUACAGCUCCAGAGCAGUGUUUGACAACACCAGCUCAGGAACACAGUGAUCCCUCUGUGUUUCCUGAGAAGAGCCACUCCAUGCCUGCCCUUACUCUUCCUGAAAGGCCUGACCUCUCCCUCACAGGACAGCAGCACUGAAGACUUGGCAAAACCUUGUACUGCAUUCUGGGGCCGUGGCACUGUCCCCAUACUGUGACCAAUCAGUGGGGCGCAGGUGUUAGCGCCUCAGAGACACUAAGGAAGAAUGAAGAGUAGCACUUCUGGACCAGACAUGUUGCUCCCAGCCCCGGAGCCACCAAGGGGUCACUGAAUCCUGUGAACUGUUACCUGGCCCUGACUUCCUGUGUCUCCUAAAAAGUCCCGUGCAUGACAGCAGUGCCCUGGGUAGCAUGGUCCUGUGGAUCCUGUUCUCACCACCUGGUCCUUGGAGCCUGGCAGCCUUUGCUGGGCAGGAAGAACUUGAAUCAUUACAUUUGAACAUGCAUUUUACAUUGAAACCUGUUUAUGGAAUCUGUUUUGUACCCGAUCAUGUGAUACAUGCUGCAAGCUGUGGCAAGGGCGUGAUCCCGUGACUGGCUGCCCCCACCGUACGGCUGCACAGACAGUGUGUUUCUCCAUCCUGGGUUAAGAGAAUGUGCGUUAAUAUAUUUUAAUAUUUAAAGCAUCA